AUGACAACCCGAUCCGUAUCAUUCGUUGCUCCCCGUCCCGAAGGUAGCGCACCGACCUACUCCCUCCUCUCUCUCCCCGCCUCGGUGCUAGCCCUGCUCUCAUCAGACGAAGCGACGACCUCGCUCUCCCUCGAAUCGUCGACCCUCGAGAUCCGAGGACAUUCCACGGACGCUGCGGUGUUGGUGACGCCUCACCAAACGUAUUCGUUGAGGGGCGUGCAAAAUUCCAAUUCGUUGUGUUUGUGUACGGCCACUAAGAGGGGGGAGAAGGGUUGGUUCGAGUUGGACGAAGAAGAGGGGAGUGAUCAAGAAGGGAAUUUACGAUCCGAUCGAGAGGUGGAAGAGGAAGGACCCAAGAGGAAGAAGAGGAAGGGGAAGGGGGAGAUUCUGAUCGAGACGGUGUUGCAUGAGACGUUGGAAUUGGUGCCGGCGGUCGCCAAGACGGAGAGGCUCAAGGAGUUGGUCAAGGGGAGCGAGUACAGAGGCGAGGAUGCCGAGCAGGAUCGGCAGAGGGAGGGGACCGUCAACAAGGUGUGCACAUGAGCGACGAUAUCGAAGCUGUUGAAAAUGCUGACAACUGUUUGGACCCGCGGAACAGAAACUCUACACAUUCGGCGAGCUAGGCUCCCUCUUGCCCGCUUCCGACGCCGAGAUCAGACUCGCGCUCACACGGCAUCGCAUCGUCACCCUCGACACACACCUACGGUCCAUCCCUACCUCCUAUCUAUUGUCUCUACUCCCAGCGCUCCUUCAAGUCCUCCCUCUGCCCAAGUACCUCGACCCGACCUCGACCUCGGCAAUUACCGUCGAAGCCGAAGACGAAGAAUUGCUCGAAGCGUUCGAUGCCGCGGGUGACUGUCGAACCGAAGCGGCGAGACAGGUCUUGGACUGGUUCUCUACACCAGCAGAGAAGAUUGGAUGGUCCGUACUGAGGGUGAAGGAGGUGGUUAGGGAAGUCGGUAUUGUGUUAUUGGCACAGGGAGGGGUGAGUCGCAGUUCAUGGAAAAUUGUUCCAUCGAUUGGCUUUCUUACGCUGAGGAGUUCUCUAUUCUUUUUACAGUAUGGUGGACAACGACUGGAUACGUUCCUUGACAAAUGGAAGGGUCUGUGCCAUCAAUUUGAAUCCCUCUGCACGCCUACACUCCUCACCGUAAGUCCUUUCCACCACGAUGCCAGGCCGGCUCAUCUCAAAGUGGAAUCUCAUACCAACUCAACCCCUCACCCCGUAGAACACUUCCAUCAUCGCCCCCAACUCGAUCCCGCCUUCCAUUACCUACCUUCCCAUCUCCCACCUCUCCGCCGAUCCCGCAACGCGCUUCUCCGAGCUCUUUACCCUCCGACCGAAAUGGUUCGCCGACGAUCUGAUCCCUUUCAUCGAUGAUUUGGGCGACAAGAAGAAGAGGGAUGCGUUGGUGAUGAAGUUCGUGAGGAAGGUCAAGGGCGCGGAUGGGAAGAUGGUGUGGAGUGCGAGGAAUUUAUGGACCGUGGCGGCUUGA